AGCAGUUAACGCUACACUAAGCGCUGGGCGGAGCUCUUCUCGUGACACUCACGUGAUUUGUAAACAGGAAGUGUCUGGUCCGUACUGCAGAGGAUCUUGCCAUCCCUAAGGAUACUGAAUGAAUCUUUGAUCAGAGAGCAGAUCUUCUGGUUUCUUCCUCAUCAUGGUGGACUUUCUGGCAGAGAACAACCUGUGUGGUCAGGCCAUCCUGAGGAUCGUGUCCAGAGGGAACGCCAUCAUAGCUGAACUACUCAGACUGUCAGAAUUUAUCCCUGCAGUUUUCAGACUCAAAGACAAGAGCGACCAGCAGAAAUAUGGAGACAUAAUCUGUGAUUUCAGCUACUUUAAGGGUCCGGAGUUUUAUGAGAGUAAACUGGAAGCCAAGCCGGAGCUGCAGGACUUGGAUGAGGAGUUUCGGGAAAAUAACAUCGAGAUAUUGACACGGUUCUACCUGGCCUUUGAGAGUGUCCAUAAAUACGUUGUAGACUUGAUAAGGUACUUGGAUGAUCUCAAUGAAGGGGUCUACAUUCAGCAAACACUAGAAACUGUUUUAUUAAAUGAAGAUGGAAAACAGCUCCUGUGUGAGGCUCUGUACCUGUAUGGAGUCAUGUUACUGGUCAUUGAUCAGAAGAUGGAGGGAGAGGUGAGAGAAAGGAUGCUGGUGUCCUACUACAGAUACAGUGCUGCUCGCUCCUCGGGUGACUCAAACCUGGACGACAUCUGCAAGCUGUUGCGUAGCACGGGAUACUCCAGUCACCCGGGGGCCAAACGGCCACCAAACUACCCUGAGAGCUACUUCCAGAGAGUUCCCAUCAGCCCCGUCUUCCUCAGUAUGGUGAUCGGCCGCCUCCGCUCUGAUGACAUUUACAACCAGGUCUCUGCGUAUCCUCUGCCGGAGCACCGCAGUACAGCGCUGGCAACGCAGGCCGCUAUGCUGUGUGUCUGCUUAUACUUCACCCCCUCCAUCCUGCACACACAACAGGCCAAGAUGAGAGAGAUCGUGGACAAAUACUUCCCUGACAACUGGGUUAUAAGUAUAUACAUGGGGAUCACCGUGAAUUUGGUGGAGGCGUGGGAACCAUAUAAGGCUGCUAAAACUGCCCUGAACUACACACUGGACACGGCCAACAUCAGAGAACAGGCCGGGCGAUACGCUGCCAGUGUGGAGAGUUUGCGGCCGCAGGUGCAGCAGUCAUUGAAGGAGGGAUUCCUGAGAGAGGAAAUCAUCCUGGACAACAUUCCCAAACUGCUCAACUGCCUCCGUGACUGUAACGUCGCCAUCCGCUGGCUGAUGCUGCACACUGCAGAGUCCGCUUAUGAUCCAAACAACAAGAGACUGCGUCAGAUCAAAGAUCAAGUCAUCAGCGACUCCAAAUACAAUCCCAAAAUUCUGUUUCAGCUGCUUCUGGACACGGCCCAGUUUGAGUUCAUACUCAAAGAGAUGUUCAAGCAGAUGUUGGCAGAGAAGCAGCUGAAGUGGGAGAGCUAUAAGAAAGAGGGAUCGGAGAGAAUGGUGGAGCUGGCCGAGGUGUUUUCUGGAGUCAAACCUCUCACCAGGGUGGAGAAAAACGAGAACCUUCAGGCCUGGUUCAGAGAGAUCUCCAAACAGAUCGAGUCCCUGAACUACGAGGACUCGACCGCUGCCGGCAGGAAGACCGUGCAGCUCAUUCAGGCUCUCGUGGAGGUCCAAGAGUUUCACCAGCUGGAGUCCAACCUGCAGGUGAGUCAGUUCCUGGCGGACACACGCAAGUUCCUGCAUCAGAUGAUCCGCACCAUCAAUAUCAAAGAGGAAGUGCUCAUCACCAUGCAGAUAGUGGGAGAUCUGUCCUACGCCUGGCAGAUCAUUGACAGCUUCACCUCAAUAAUGCAAGAGAGUAUCAGAGCUAACCCUUCGAUGGUGACCAAACUCAGAGCCACUUUCCUGAAGCUUGCGUCUGCGCUGGAUCUGCCUCUCCUCCGAAUCAACCAGGUCAACAGUCCAGAUCUGCUGAGCGUGUCUCAGUUUUACUCUGGGGAGCUGGUGGCUUAUGUCAGAAAGGUCCUGCAGAUCAUUCCAGAGAGCAUGUUCACCUCGCUGGCCAAGAUCAUCAAACUGCAGAUCCAUGACAUCAUGGAGGUGCCCACACGUCUGGACAAAGACAAACUGAAGGACUACGCUCAACUCAGUGCCCGCUAUGAGGUGGCUAAGCUCACUCAUGCCAUCUCAGUCUUCACUGAAGGUAUUCUGAUGAUGAAGACCACGCUCGUCGGCAUCAUCAAGGUGGAUCCGAAGCAGCUUCUGGAGGACGGGAUCAGGAAAGAGCUCGUCAAACGUGUUGCUUACGCCCUGCACAAAGGCCUCUUCUUCAACCCCAAAGCCAAGCCCAGUGAACUGAUGCCAAAGCUGAAGGAAAUGGCUGCCACCAUGGAUGGGUUUUACCGCUCGUUUGAAUACAUUCAGGAUUACGUGAGCAUCUACGGCCUGAAGAUCUGGCAGGAGGAAGUGUCUCGUAUCAUCAACUACAACGUAGAGCAGGAGUGCAACAGUUUCCUCCGAACCAAGAUCCAAGACUGGCAAAGCGUCUACCAGUCCACUCACAUUCCCAUUCCCAAGUAUCCGUCCGUUGAUGAAUCGGCCACGUUUAUCGGACGCCUCUGCAGGGAGAUCCUGAGGAUCACAGAUCCGAAAACGACGUGUUACAUUGAUCAGCUGAACACCUGGUACGAUAUGAGGACGCAUCAGGAAGUGACCAACAACCGACUCUUCUCUGAGAUUCAGGACACGCUGGGCACCUUUGGCCUGAACGGACUCGACCGACUCUUAUGUUUCAUGAUCGUCAAAGAGCUGCAGAAUUUUCUGACAGUCUUUCAGAGGAACAUCCUGAGGGACAAAGCUGUGGUUGACGUCUUUAAAGCUCUGCUGACGGCUGUCAAUCCUGUCAAAGGGAUUGUGGCAAAUGCGAGCAAAGUCUACGCCAACGCUGCGGCCAAAACUCAGAGGAUCUGGCCAGCGUAUCUGGAAGCCAUCAUGAAGGUGGGUCAGAUGCAGAUCUUGAGGCAGCAGAUAGCUAAUGAACUGAACUACUCCUGCAAAUUUGACUCGAAACACCUCGCUGCGGCGCUGGAUAAUCUGAACAAGUCUCUGCUGUCUGAUAUCGAAGCUCAUUACCAGGAUCCUUCGCUGCCGUAUCCCAAAGAGGACAACACUCUGCUCUACGAGAUCACCGCGUAUCUGGAGGCCGCAGGAAUCCACAACCCACUCAACAAAAUCUACAUCACUACCAAGCGUCUGCCUUACUUUCCCAUUGUGAACUUCCUGUUCCUCAUCGCGCAGCUGCCCAAACUGCAGUACAACAAAAGCCAAGGCAUGACGUGCAGGAAGGCAGCAGAUGCGUUGGAUUGGGCUCCUCUGGUGUUGGGUCUCCUGACGUUGCUCAAACAGUUUCAUUCCAGAUACACUGAACAUUUCCUGGCUCUGAUCGGACAGUUUAUUCGCUCCAUAAUGGAGCAGUGCACCAGUCAGAAGAUUCCAGAUAUGCCUUCAGAUGUAGUCGGAGCAUUAAUGUUUCUGGAGGACUAUGUGCGUUACACUAAACUGCCCAGAAAGGUGGCAGAGGCUCAUGUGCCAAGUUUCAUUUUUGAUGAAUUCAGGACUGUACUGUAAAUGUGCCUGUUGUAAUGUCAAAUCAUAUUUGAUAUCAUCUGUCUUUCUCUUUAACCAUUAAUGAAAUUAACAUUUUUAACAUUUAAGUUUUAAAACAUGAUCAUCUUUGGUAGCCGUUACUGACCUGAUGUUCUGCUGGUGUAAUAAAUGCCAUGUGUAUGUUUUGAUACAACUUCAGACAUUUACACAAAAAAUAAUCUCUAAUUCACAACCUCUCAAGAUUUAUUGCUUUUAUAAAAUAGUGGCAACAGCAGUAAGAUAAAAACUAUUUUGUGCAUGUGCUUCAUUGGUUUAAAUGUACUCUGUGGCUCAACCAAUCAGAAUAUAGAGUAAGAAUUAUUCUAAA